ACAACGCGACAGCCAUUUACUGCGGUGGAGAGUUUUGUUCUUGGAAAUUCGAUUGUUACUACACCUAAAAGCUGUACUAAUGGCAGCUCCCAUUAUCGAAGGAAUUGACAAUGAAGUUCUUUUAGUUGCUAGUGUUUUCGUGGCUUUGGUGGCAAUACUUUUAGUCCAUUUGGUUUAUAAUUCGAAUAGAAACAGCAGUGCUAGACAGAACGAAUCAAAUUUCUCUCCAGACUCGGAUUCGGCAAGGUCUUUGCGGCCUGAGGAUGCAACACAAGAGAACUCAAGGGAAGGCACAGAGUCAGCAGAUACUGGCCCGCUCACUGAGGACUUGAAUCAGACGUCAACAUUACCAUCUCACAAUGAUGUUGCUGAAGAAGAUACAAGUACUUCACAGUCAGCUAAUGACACAACCAUGCCACAGAUGGACAGAACGUCAGAUGGGGUGCGCUGGAGAUGCCCAGCUGAAAGCACACCUCAUUCUGACAACCAAAGUAGCAUACCUGAAGAUUAUAUGUCAAUUCGUGUGAAAUUCUUGGAGAAUGAAAGGACCUUGUCUGUAAAUAGGACAACGACUGUGGGAGAAUUGAAAAGGUUGUGCUUCUCAAACGAUUUAAACAGUGGAAGAAGGGUGCGGCUCAUAUACAGUGGACGUUUACUAGAAAAUGACACUGCCUCUUUAUCUUUUUACGGAGUCGACAACUAUUCUGUUGUCCACGCCCAAAUUUCUGAUCUCAGAAGGAGUCCAAAUGAACAGUCUGCCAGGCAAAAUGAAGAGGAAGAUUUAGAUAUUUCAAAGCUAUUCUUACCU